AUGGAGAAACUCAAUCACACUGGCAUGACUCAGGUUACUGAAUUUAUUAUCUUGGGGAUCACUGACAACCCUCACCUCCAGGGGCCCCUUUUUGGAAUCUUUCUCAUCAUAUACUUGGUCACGGUGAUGGCCAACCUCAGCAUGGUCACCUUGACCCUGCUGGACGCUAAGCUCCACAAUCCCAUGUAUUUUUUCCUUAGACAUUUGUCAAUAACUGAUCUUGGUUACUCCACUGUCAUCGGGCCAAAGAUGAUGGUAAGUUUUGUAGUACAUAAAAACACCAUUUCCUACCGUGGUUGUGCUACCCAGCUGGCAUUCUUUGAGAUUUUCAUCAUCACCGAACUGUUUAUCCUCUCAGCAAUGGCCUACGAUCGCUAUGUGGCUAUCUGCAAACCUCUCGUGUACACGGGCAUCAUGGCAGACAAAGUGUGCCGGGGGCUGGUGAUUGUCCCCUACCUCUACAGCACCUUUGUGUCACUGCUGCUCACAGUGAAGUUGUUUACCUUGUCCUUCUGUGGCUCUAACAUCAUCAGGUAUUUUUACUGUGACUGUCUGCCUCUGAUCACCAUGCUGUGCUCUGACACGCACGAGUUAGAGCUGAUCAUCUUGGUCUUCUCGGGCUGUAACUUGCUUUCCUCCCUCCUGAUUGUCCUCAUAUCUUACUUGUUUAUUCUUGUGGCCAUUGUCCGAAUGAACUCAACCGAGGGGAGGUACAAAGCCUUCUCCACCUGUAGCUCCCACCUGACGGUGGUGGUGCUGUUCUAUGGCACACUGUUGUUUAUAUACCUGCAGCCCAAAUCCAGCCAUGCUUUCGAUGUUGAUAAAAUGGCCUCUGUGUUUUACACCUUGGUAAUUCCAAUGCUGAAUCCAUUGAUCUACAGCCUGCGCAACAGAGAAGUAAAAGAUGCCCUGAAGAGAACCUUGACUCAUAGAUUCACAAUCCCCACUUAA